AUGGACAUUCAGACCAAUUUGUUCAUCAACAACGAGUAUCUGGCGUCCUCAUCCGGCGAGACCCUGACCAUCGUUAACCCAAAAGACGAUAGCCUAGUCACAGACAAAGUACAAGUUGCGAACGAGCAAGAUGUCGACAAGGCAGUAGCCGCUGCGAGAGCAGCCUUUCCGGCGUGGAGACGUACACCAAGUGUCAAGCGAUCUGCUAUCAUGCUCAAAUACGCCGAUCUGAUCGACCAGCACAUCGAUAAGAUUGCUCACCUAGAAUCAAUCGCCAUGGGUCAGCCUAUUGCAAUCGCGAAGGUUAUGAUCAGUGUUCAGAUAGCAACUUUCCGGUAUUAUGCCGGUCUUACUGACAAAUUACCGGGUGAAACGUAUCCUGAGAACGGUGAGGGGCUCAUCAAACUCAUCAACUACGAGCCACUUGGCGUUUGUGCAGGCAUUUCAGCCUGGAACGGCACACAAGUUUUUGUCGGCUGGAAGAUUGCUCCUGCAGUAGCUGCUGGCAAUACUUUCGUCUUUAAGUCUUCAGAGAAAAGUCCCUUAGCUGUGCUCUACCUGGGACAAUUGUUUAAAGAAGCAGGAUUUCCUCCUGGCGUGGUCAAUUUAGUAUCUGGCGGAGGAAAGACAGGCUCGCUGUUGGCAGCUCAUAUGGACAUUGACAAGAUCUCCUUUACUGGAUCUGCUAAUUCAGGUCGACUGGUUCAAGUUGCAGCUGCAAAGAGUAAUCUGAAACAUGUCUCGCUCGAGCUGGGCGGCAAAUCACCUGCUAUCAUCUUCAAUGAUGCAGACAUUGGCAAUGCUGUCGUUCACAACUCGCAUGGUUUCCUGGUCAACAGUGGUCAAGUCUGUUUCGCUGGCUCGAGGAUAUUGGUGCAGCAUGACGUCGCUCCGAAGUUCAUUGAAGCACUACGGGUGGCUUAUCUUCAGAUGAGCGAUAAGAUGGACGAUCCGGCUCUAGAUGGCACAGUCUUCGGGCCCCUUGCCGACAGAGCCCAGUUCGAGCGUGUCAUGGGUUACCUAGAAGGAGCCAAGCAAGAUGGUAUUGAAGUCCUAACUGGCGGUACACGUAAAGGGGACCACGGCCAAUUUGUCGAGCCAACUAUCCUUAUGAACCCGGAUGUCAACAACAGAGUCUACACAGAGGAAAUCUUUGGUCCAGUCGUCGCUGUCAAGACCUUCCAGACGGAGGAAGAAGCUAUCAAGCUGGCCAAUAACACUACUUAUGGUUUGGGAGCCACUAUCUACACCAACGACAUCACAAGAGCAAUGCGGGUACAGGCAGAACUUCAAGCAGGAACCGUCUCGAUCAAUUCGGCAUUUUGGGUCGCUCCUGAGACUCCUUUUGGUGGUUGGAAACAAAGUGGCUAUGGUAGGGAAGGAGGUCUGGAGGGCAUCAAAGCGUUCUUGCAGCCGAAGACUGUCCAUAUCAAUAUGAACAUGCCAAGGCAUUGA